AAAAAUAAGUGUAUGUCAAAGCAAAACUAUAACAAGGGCAAUCAUAAAAAUUAUAAAUCUUUCAUUGGAAGAUUUAGUGUGCUUGAAAACUUUUUAAUACGCUAAUUUGAAUAUUUAAUAACAAUUUCGAAAAUGUCCAACGAAAAGGAAAAACCGGUAGAGGAGGAGGAGGCGGAAGCGGAAGCUUUAGAAGAGGCGGGAAUUUUAGAAGCUGAUGUCGGAGCCCAUUUCGAUCAACAAUUGGCGUCCAUUGAUCCUCGUCUCUCGAUACAAAUGGAUCCUUUGGCGCAUCAUCAUCUUCGACCUGAAAUGAUGUUUAUCCGCGAGGAGUUGCGUCAGGCCAAAAUGCAGACCUUAGCGGUUCGUCGAGCUGCUCUGAAGAAACUUUUGGUGAAAGAUUUUCUACAAGAAGACUGUGAACUGAGGAAUAUUGGCCUCUCUUAUGCUUCCCCAGAUGUUUAAUUCGUGAUGUUAUUUUUUCUUUCAAAAAUAUAAUAAAAUGGUCUACUUUUUUUACA